AUGGGGGGCGGUAAUGGCUCAGCAGUGACUGAGUUUGUUUUGCUGGGGUUCUCAGGUUUUAGCUACCUCCAGGUGCCCCUGUUUUGUGGGGUGCUUUGUAUCUACCUGGUUACCUUGCUGGGUAACACUCUGAUCAUCCUCCUCACGCUGCUAGACCCUGCUCUCCACUUGCCCAUGUAUUUCUUCCUUCGCCACUUCUCCGUGGUGGAGAUCCUCUACACCACAACCAUUGUGCCUCGGAUGCUGAUCGAUCUCCUCUCCUCCUGCCCUACCAUCCCACCUGCCAGCUGCUUCACCCAGCUGUAUUUCUUUGCCCUCUUUGGCAUCACUGAAUGCUGCUUGCUCACGGCCAUGGCCUAUGACCGCUAUGCUGCCAUCUGCCGGCCCCUGCAUUACACCACCCUGAUGAGCCAAGGAGCCUGUGUGAGUAUGGUGGGGGCCUCUUACCUCAUGGGCAUCAUCACUGGCACCACUCACUCCAUCUGCAUCUUCACCCUGCCCUUCCAUGGCACCAACACUAUCCAUCACUUCCUGUGUGACAUUCUACCUGUGCUGAGACUGGCGAGUGUGAGCACCUUCUGGGGUGAAGUGGGGAAUCUUGCUGUCACCAUAGCUUUUAUUGUGACCCCUUUCUUACUGAUAGUGGCUUCCUAUGCCUGUAUCCUUGCCACCAUCCUUGGAGUUGCAACAUCCCAAGGACGUCAAAAGAUCUUCUCUACCUGUUCCUCCCACCUGUUUGUUGUCAUGAUGUUCUUUGGGACUGGAACUGUUGCCUACAUGAGGCCUUGGGCAGAUGCCUCUCAUGACACAGACCAGAUCCUUGCUUUCUUCUACACAGUAGUCACUCCCAUGUUCAACCCUUUUGUCUAUACUCUGAGGAACAAGGAGGUGACAGGGGCCAUGACCCGACUGGUGAAGAGAUAUCUUUGGAGUCCAUGA